UCAACUUGCCCCUCAAGGCUGUGAACCUCGGAAAUUGGCUUGUCACCGAGGGGUGGAUGAUGCCUUCUCGGUUCGAUGGACUCAAAGGACAGCUCUUGGAUGGGACUCAAGUGCAGUUCAAGUCGACAAAGCUCGGGAAAUUCCUGUGUGCUGAAAACGGCGGCGGAGCCACCCUUGUCGCCAAUCGCGAUCAGCCCUCUGACUGGGAAACUUUCAGGCUGUGGAGGAUUUCCGACAAAAAAUUCAACCUCAGAGUUUUCAACAAGCAAUUUGUCGGAUUGCAAGGCCAAGGAACGGUUGUCGCUGUUUCUGGUAACCCGAGCGCCUCAGAGACUUUCGACAUUAUCAGGAAACCGGACAAUCCCAAUCGAGUUCGAUUUCAAUCAUCUAAUGGGAUGUUUCUCCAGGCAAAGUCGCUGACGGAAGUGACGGCAGAUUAUACUGGAGGCUCGAGUUGGGAUGACAAUGACCCAUCGAUCUUUGAAAUGAACAUUACCUUCGUUUUACAAGGUGAAUACCAAAUAACAAAUGCAUAUGGCCCCAGUGCUGCCCCAAAACACCUACGGGAUCAUUGGAACAAUUACAUUACCGAGAAGGACUUUGAAUUUAUGGCGGCCAAUAGUCUAACUGCCGUGAGGAUUCCAGUAGGAUGGUGGAUUGCGUAUGAUCCGGCGCCGCCAGUGCCUUUUGUGGGAGGCUCGCUGAAUGCACUGGACAACGCAUUUACAUGGGCAGCGAAGCAUGGUAUGAAGGUAAUAGUUGAUCUCCACGCUGCUCCGGGAUCUCAAAACGGCCAAUUUCAUAGCGCAUCGAGAGAUGGAUUUCUGGAAUGGGGUGACUCUUACAUUGAGGAGACCGUGAAAGUUAUAGACUUCCUAGCAGCAAGAUAUGGCAACCACCCGGCAUUGGUUGCGAUCGAGCUGAUGAACGAGCCUCUAGCUCCAGGUGUCACGUACGAGGAUCUUACUAAAUACUACCAGUUAGGUUACGAGGCCGUGAGGAGUCACACUUCGAAUGCUUAUGUCAUCAUGUCCAACCGGUUGGGACCAGCCGACUCGCAAGAGCUCCUUCAGUUCGUGAGAGGCUUGAGCCGAGUCGUCAUCGACCUGCAUUACUACAACCUCUUUGAUCCGAUGUUUCAACAGUGGAGUCUGCAGCAGAACAUUGACUACAUCUAUAACGAAAGAGCUUCCGAUCUGAGCAACGUAACCCCGGCAAACGGCUCCUUGAGCUUUGUUGGUGAGUCCUACCAUGUGGUUAGAAAGCAACAGGAGCAUGUUUAAUAUAGAGCAUACAGGGGAAUGGACCUCGACAUUGGACGGGAAAACAAAGGAGGAUUCGGGAAAGUUUGCCAAGGCUCAGCAAGAUGUUUACGGGCGUGCCACUUUUGGGUGGGCGUAUUGGUCUUAUAGGUGCAAGGACGAUACC